AUGACUGUGCUUUGCAACCCAGAAAAGCUUUCAGCACAACCAGGCAAAGACAAGGUAGAAGGAGCUGGGAAUGCCAUCAGCAACCUUGGAGCUUCAAAGGCCUUCAACGGGCUUGUGAAGAGAGCAAGAGAUGCAGAGCCGCCCACAAGCGCCCCAUCUCAGGAGAAGCUGGGCCUGCCGCUGCCCACUCCACCGCAUGUGGCUCUCUCUCCGUUCUUGGGUGCCACUUGUAUCAUCCAUUCCGUCUGCUUGCAACAGCUGAAGGGGGUCAAUGAAAUUCACAUCACUAAUUUCUCAGAUGAACAGAUUCCAGUGCUAGAUCCUGGUUUCAGAUUCAUGGCACAAUCCUCAUUCAUUGCAGCAAGCCUGAGUGUACUGACCUCAGAUGGCUGCCCCUUCUCUCCCAGCCCUGUGGCAGCCCCAUGUCUGCUGGGACCAACACUGGAGUAUGAGCAGUAUGAAGCUGAAGCAACUGUAAAGCAAGGUGGCAGCUCCCAGAUGGCCAGAAAAAACCUGUGUGUGUCUGGGGUCACCGUGCAACUGGAGAUGAGGAAUCUUUGGGAGGAAUUCAACAGCUUAGGCACUGAGAUGAUUGUCACCAAGGCAGGGCGGAGAAUGUUUCCCACUUUCCAGGUGAAGAUAUCAGGCAUGGACCCCUUGGCUGACUACGUGCUACUUAUGGAUUUUGUGCCUUUAGAUGACAAGAGAUAUCGGUAUGCCUUCCAUAGCUCUGCCUGGCUGGUAGCAGGCAAGGCUGAUCCUGCUACACCUGGACGGGUUCACUUCCACCCUGACUCUCCUGCCAAGGGAGGCCAGUGGAUGAGGCAGAUCGUCUCCUUUGACAAGCUCAAGCUCACCAACAAUUUGAUGGAUGACAAUGGCCAUAUCAUCCUGAAUUCUAUGCACAGAUACCAGCCUCGCUUCCAUGUAGUGGUAGUAGAUCCACGUCCAGAUAGUGAGCGUUACGCCCAGGAGAACUUCAAAUCCUUUGUCUUCACUGAGACUCAGUUCAUAGCAGUGACGGCCUAUCAGAAUCAUCGGAUCACGCAGCUGAAAAUUGCUAGUAAUCCCUUUGCAAAAGGGUUCCGGGAAUGUGAGCCAGAUGACUGGCCAGGGUCGCCAGGACAACUACUAGGCUGCUUAUCUCACAAUAGUGAGGCAACUCCCUCAGCCCAGAUCCAGAAGACUCCAGAAAAAGGGUUUACCAACAAUCACCGUCUUCCUCCUUCCCUCCUCAGAGAAGCUUCCCAUCUCCAUCACUCACCACCGGUGACACCUGCCGGCCUCCCUGACAUGUGCAUUGCUCGCCGACCCUUAAAUGAGUCAUCAGGGGCCUUGCCCUACAAGCACCUCUCCUAUCACAGCAUCUAUGUGGGAGCACGGGCCCGGGCAGCACCAUAUACACUCCCAAGCAGUCGGGCCACUAGCUUCCAUGCUCUCAACAUCUACACCGCUGGUGGCUUUGAACAAUGA